AUGGCCGCCCAGACUAGGAGAAGGGCCUCUGUUGCUACUGCGACUGUGGAAGACGGUCAGCCUGCUACGGCAACCACCCCUUCCCCUUUAUAUAUCCCGGAGCUGGGGCCCAUACAAGCCUACGACCAGCGCGUGGGGGACGGACUUCUGCGCAAUGAUGAGCACCAGAGAGGCAUCAUCCAGAGCCUGCAGCACCUACACGAGGAGCUGCGGCACUACCGCGCGCCGCCCGUGGUGCACCCGACGCUCGAGUCGCUCAAGCCGGCCAAGUCGCUGCUCUCGUGGUUCGGCGGCGGGUCCAAGACGCCGCUGGGCAAGAUCCCCAGCGGGCUGCCGCGCGGGCUGUACCUGUACGGCGACGUGGGCAGCGGCAAGACGAUGCUGAUGGACCUCUUCUACGACACGCUGCCGGCGGCGGUGCGGACCAAGACGCGCAUCCACUUCCACAACUUCAUGCAGGACGUGCACCGGCGGCUGCACCGCAUGAAGCAGCAGUACGGCAGCGACAUCGACGCCGUGCCCUUUGUUGCCGCCGACAUCGCCGAGCAGGGCAACGUGCUGUGCUUUGACGAGUUCCAGUGCACCGACGUGGCCGACGCCAUGAUCCUGCGGCGCCUGCUCGAGGCCCUCAUGUCGCACGGCGUCGUGCUCGUCACCACGUCCAACCGCCACCCCGACGAGCUGUACAAGAACGGCAUCCAGCGCGACUCGUUCGUGCCGGCCAUCCACCUGCUCAAGCAGCGCCUGCACGUCAUCAACCUCGACUCCACCACCGACUACCGCAAGAUCCCGCGCCCGCCGUCGGGCGUCUACCACGCCCCGCUCGACGCCCACGCCGCCUCGCACGCCGAGAAGUGGUUCCGCUUCCUCGGCGACCCGGACCAGCCCGAGCCGCACCCCGAAGUCCAGCGCGUGUGGGGCCGCGACAUCGUCGUGCCGCGCGUCAGCGGCCGCUGCGCCUGGUUCACCUUCGACGAGCUGAUCGGCCGCCCCACCAGCGCCGCCGACUACCUGGAGCUGAUGCGGUCGUACGACGCAUUCGUCGUGAGCGAGGUGCCGGGCAUGACGUACCGGCAGCGCGACCUGGCGCGCCGCUUUAUUACCUUCAUCGACGCCGUGUACGAGUCGCACGCGAAGCUGGUACUAACAACAGCGGUGCCGCUGGCCGAGCUGUUCGUGUCGCGCGCCGAGAUGCUGGAGUCCAUGGCCGCCAGCGCCACCGCCGCCGCCGACAGCGGCGGCGCCGCGCGGUCCGUCGAGGACGUCAUGAGCCACAUGAUGGACGACCUCGAGCACAACGUCGAGCAGCUGUCCAAGUCGAACCUGUUCACCGGCGACGAGGAGGCCUUCGCCUUCGCCCGCGCCCUGUCGCGCCUGACCGAGAUGGGCAGCCAACAGUGGGUCGAGCGCGGCAUGGGCCUCGAGACGGCCGGCGGCAAGGAGGAGCGCGACAACUGGGCCAAGACGCGCAGUCGCCAGAUGGAGGACAGCAUGUGA